CAACCCACUGUGAUGGUCCGACCCACUUUAAGUGCCGCAACGGGGAGUGUAUCAGCAUGGAGAAGGUGUGUGACAGGAAGCGUGAUUGCAGGGAUUGGACAGACGAGCCUCUGAGGGAAUGUGGCUCCAAUGAAUGCCUUUACAACAAAGGCGGCUGCUCGCAUAUUUGCAAUGACCUGAAGAUCGGAUACGAGUGCCUGUGUCCUACAGGAUAUAACCUGGUGGAGAAAACACGCUGUGAAGACAUCGACGAGUGUGCCAACCCGGACACCUGCAGCCAGAUCUGCAUCAACCUGGUGGGCAGCUUCAAAUGUCAAUGUGAGGAGGGGUACCAGGUGGACCCGGCAACCAAAGCCUGCAAGGCCAUCGGUAAAUAUCAGCUGCUCUGUCCAGAGU